UCACGUGACCACCACGUCAGACACAAAUGUCGGCGGAAACUGGCGGCUGACUUGGAAUCUAGUCACUGAUGUGCUGAUGAAGGGAACUUCCGCCAUCUCUCACUUAUAAGUCCGCUCACAUCCACGAAACACGAGCCUGUUUGUUGUCACAGUUUGACACACUCUGACUGAAACUUUCUGGUGAACAUGGAGCGAGCCGGAGAAGUGUUUCGCCUCUUGCUGGUUGGGAAGACGGGAUGUGGAAAAAGUUCAACCGGAAACACAAUUCUGGUGAGGACGUCUUCCACAGCGACGUGACCUUUGACUCGGUCACCAGCACCUGUACUCUAAGGCGUGGCACGCGCAAUGGCACUACCAUCGAGAUCAUGGACUCUCGCGGGCUGUUUGACACCCAGGUGUCUCAGGAGGAACUAGCUGCUGACGUCAUUAAAGCCGUGACCUCCAUGCACCCAGGACCUGACGUCAUCGUCUACGUGCUGAUGGUCGGCAGCCGUUACACGGAGGAGGAGGUGGGCGUGUACACGCGACUCAAGAUGCUGCUAGACGAGGAGGUCACAAAGUUCAUGCUGGUGGUCUUCACGAGGGGAGAUGCUCUGAGACGAGCCAACAAGACGAUGGAGGACGUGCUGGCCUCGGCUCCACCUCACCUGGCACAGGUGCUACAGGAGUGCGGGGGCCGCUACGUGGUGUUGGACAACACGGUGACAGACAACACCUCGCAGGUAGACGAGCUUCUCCAGGCAGCGCGGAGGAUCAAAGCGGAAAAUGGCGGAGCAUCGUACGUGUGCCCCAAAUACGCCAGUGAAGGACGUACGUUGGAGGAAGAUGUCAGCAGACGACUGAUGGAAGCAGAGAGAAACGAGAUGAGAAAUAAAAUGUGUGUCCAAGAACUGGAGCAGAAGCAGAAGGAAGCAGAAGUGGCUGCAGCAAAAGCUAAAGAGGAACUGGAGGAGAGGAGCAGGGCGAGGGAGCGAGAACUGGCAGAGGAGGCCCGCAGGCGGGAGGCAGAGAUGGAGGAGCUGACCGCGAGACUGAGGGAGCAGCGGGCCCGGGAGGAGCAGCAGCGGCGGGAGGCGGAGGCGUAUCGCCAGAGGCUAGAGAGGGAGCAGAGGGAGCAGGCGGAGCGACUGGCGGCAGAGAGGCGGCGAGAGAGGGAGGAGGCGGAGCGGAGGGCGCGAGAGGUUCAGCAGUUGCUACAGCAACGACUACGGGAGGAGGAGGCCGAGCGACAGCGACGUCAGCAGCUGCACGAGCAGCAGAUGUGGGCCCUCCGUCAGCAGGCCGCGAGCUACAGAGCCAACAGCGCAGCGACUGUCGCAUCCUAUGAGAGACGGACAGUGGAGUUUAGUGUCAGACAGACACAUUGCCUCAAUACAGACAGGUCCUCGGACACUGCCACCUGUACUCUACGCCGGCAAGAGUGUAAAGGGAGAAUUGUUGAAGUCAUGGACUCGCCGGGUCUGUUCGACACAAGAAGGAAGCACGAGGAGGUGGCGGCGGAUGUUGUUCAAGCCCUCGCCUGCUUGCAUCCGGGCAUCACAGCCAUACUCUACGUCAUCAUGCUGGGUACCCGCUACAUGGAGGACGACACUAAAGUCUACAACAGGCUGAAGGCUUUGUUAGACACACGUGUAACCCAGUACAUGAUCAUUAUCUUCACACGCGGUGACGACCUGAACAAGAAAAAGAAGACCAUCGAUGAAAUGUUGCUCAAGGCCCCCGAAGGUCUCCACACGGUCCUGAGGGAGUGCGACAACCGCCACGUGGUGUUUGACAACAUGGCUGACAACAAGCAGUCGCAGGUGGAGCAGUUGCUGGAGGUGGUACACAAGAUGAGUCUGGCUCAUGGCGGGAAACCUUACACGUGUCCUAAGUACACUGACAUCGGUAAAAAAGUGGAGGAGGAGGUGUCGAGGAAAAUGCAAGAGGUGGAGAAAAAAGAAGUCAAGUCAACUACGAAGCAAGAAAGAGCGAGGGAGAAAGAGCGGAGAGAGAUGGAGCAGGAGAGGGAAAGAGAAAGACAAGGUGUAGAGAACAUACAGCAGCAGGUGGAGAUGACACGGCGAUACGAGGAGCGUCUGGAGGACGAACGUCAGGCGAGAACAGUUCGAGAAGAUCAUCACCAGAGUCAGAUACAGAAGCUGCUGGACGACAUAGCAGAUCGUGAAAAUGAGAAGCAGAGGAUGAAGAAGAUGAUAGAUGAGCGAGAGAAGCUGCAUCAGACGGAGCUGAAGGAGCUCAAGCGCAGACUGGACGACGCCAUCUACAGCAAUCAGACACUUCGUUUUCUACUCGUCGGGAAAACUGGGUCCGGCAAAAGUUCAACGGGAAACACAAUAUUUGGAGAAGAACUCUUUGACAGCGACUUGAACUUUGCCUCCGUCACUAGCACCUGUACUCUUCGCCGUAAAGAGUAUAAUGGGACACUGAUUGAGGUCAUGGACUCGCCGGGUCUCUUCGACAACAAAAGAAAGGAAGAAGAGGUGGCUGCGGAUGUUGUUCAAGCCCUCGCCUGCUUGCACCCGGGCAUCACAGCCGUGCUGUACGUCAUCAUGCUGGGUACCCGCUACACUGAGGAGGACACUGAAGUCUACGACAGGCUGAAGGCUUUGUUGGACCCACGUGUAACUCAGUACACGAUCCUUAUCUUCACACGUGGUGACGACCUGAAGAAGAAAACCAAGACCAUCGAUGAAAUGUUGCUCCAGGCCCCUGAAGGUCUCCGCACGGUCCUGAGGGAGUGCGACAACCGCCACGUGUUAUUUGACAACAUGGCUGACAACAAGCAGUCGCAGGUGGAGCAGUUGCUGGAGGUGGUACACAAGAUGAGUCUGGCUCAUGGCGGGGAACCUUACACGUGUCCUAAGUACAGUGACAUCGGUAAAAAGGUGGAGGAGGAGGAGGUGGCGAGCAGAAUGCAAGAGGUGGAGGAGAGAGAGGUCAAGGACACUACGUACGAGCUCAAACUUUUGACGGAAACGAAAGAAGCACAAGAAAAGGGGGAGAGAGAAAAGAAAGAACUCGAGGAAAGGGAGAAGGAGAUGCAGGCACAGAUUGAGCAAAUGCAAGUGGAAAUACAGAAACAAAGAAAAGAAUUUCAAAGAAAGGAAAACGAGAGAGACGAAGAAAUGAGGAAGAAAGAAAAAGAAAUGCAAAUGAAAUUGAAGCAAAUAGAAGAGGAAGCGAAGAAUCAAAAAAGUAAAUUUGAAAAAAUGGAAAAGGUGAAAGACGAACAGAUGAAAAAGGAAGUACAAGAAAUGCAAAUGAAAAUUAAGCGAAUGGAAGAAGAAGCAAUUAGAAGAAAUAACGAGUUUGAGAGAAAGGAAAAGGAAAGAAAUAAGCAAAUGAGACAGAAGGAAUUGGAAAGGGAGAAAGAACUGAAAUUCUUUAAGGUAGCGUUAGACAAGCAGCAGCUCAGUGCUGAGCGGAUGGAGCAGGAGAUGAAGAAAUUUCGACAAGAAGCAGAAACAGCGAGAGAGAAAAAGCGAAAAGAGAUGGAGCAGCAAAGGAAAAGAGAAAGACAAGCUGUAGAGAACAUACAGCAGCAGAUGGAGAAGACGACACAGCAGCACGAGGAGUGUCCGGCGUACGAACGUCAGGCGAGAAAAGUUCGGGAAGAUAAGAAUCAAAGGGGGAUGAUCAAGCUGGAGAAAGAAAGAAGAUAUCGAGAAGAUCGGUAUCAGAAAAAGAUGAAGAAAAUGGAGGAGGAGAGAAAAGACCGGGAAUAUGAGUUUCAGACUCAGAUACAAAAUAUGGAGAAAGAGAAGAAAGAACGGGAAGAUCGGCAUCAGAAGGACAUGAAGAGGCUAAAGGCAUGUCAAGAAACAAAGCUUGAGAGCCAGAGAGAUGAAAUGGAGAAGCGGUAUAAGGCGGAGCUGCAAAAGCUAAAGGAUGAAAUGGCCAAGAGCAGGUGUGUUGUUCAAUGACUUUCCUUGAUUCUGAGAUUAGGAUUUGUUAAGAACAACAGUGAAAAGAAACUUACAGGAAGUCUUUCUAGAGAACACUGUCACACUUCUCAUUGAAUUCACACAACUGCAUAAAAUAUACUUGUGUCAACCACAUUAUUACUGAGAAAAGCAGUUCGGAAAAACAGUUACAGAGAAUAAAUA